GUUCUCGUUCUUGGGGAGCAAGUAAAGAUGGCCUACAUAUUUCUCUUUAUUUGUCAUUUUAAUUGAUGUUUACUUGAAAUCCCACUAUACUAGUAAUACUCAAAACAUUGACCAACUUAAUCUAUUUCUUUUGAUGUUGAUUCCCAGAUCAUACUUUUUCUGUUUUUGUCUCCUUUUAUCUCCUUCCAUGAAGAUUCUUACUAAUUGCUACAGUUCUUCUACACCCUGUUUAUAUAACCUUUUAUUCUCAGGCCAGAGCUACAAUCUUGGGUUUUUUCUUAUCUUCUUCCGUCUGUUACUUCAAUCAUCACUCGUUUUAUCCCAUUAAACCUUGCUUUCUUUUAAAUUUGUUUCAAUUUCUCUCUUAAUUGGUUUGUUUGAUUGAUUUUUAGUCAAGAAAAGAUUUUUUUCUUGUUGGGAAUUUUGGAAUUUUAAAGUUUGCGUCAAUCUCUAAGUUCAUUGCUGGUUUCUUGGUUGAUUUUGGUAUUAUUUUGUUGGGUUUUUGAGAAAUCAUUCAAAACAAUAAUCCUUGUUGAGAAAAUAUGAAUUCUGUACAUGUUGAUUCUGAUUUCAUGAAUAAUAUCUUCAAGCUUAACCCAGAAUUGCUUUCAAACUUUCCAAAGAACUCACUUUUUGAAGAAUUUUUUCAAAACUCUGAUUAUAUUGAUCCUCAAUUCCUUCCAUCUGAUCAUAAUGAGGGUAAUAUCAGUUUAGAAGCACCAAAUUUAAUUAAUCUGGGUACCCUUUCCCUUGAGCAAAAUGAGAGUAAUAUUAGUUCAGAAAUUCCUGAUUUUCCUGAUGAUUGCCUCAAGUUUAUCAGUGAAAUUCUCUUGGAAGAAAAUUUGGAUGAGAAUCCUGCUUCUGCACAAGAAUUUCUGGCUCUCCAAGCUACUGAGAAAUCAUUAUAUGAUGUUCUUGGGGAAUCAUACCCUUACCCACCUUCAGAUUCAACUCAAAAUCAAAACCCUGAAAGCCCAGAUGCUACCUGUUCUAAUAAUAGUUUUAGUUCAUUAGAUUCAAACUUGAGUUUCAACCAUCCUGAAUUAGACCCAUUUGUUAGUCUUGAUGAUUUUGUUCAAUCCUGCUUGGAACUGAAUCCUCAAACCUAUGACCCAAAUGUUGAGGAUCCCAAUGAUGGGCUAGUUAGUGAUGUUGUUGCUAAUAACCUCUCAUCGAGUGUUCCGGUGAAGAGGGAGAAGUCGGUUAAGGGCUUAAGGCGGAAGAAAAGCCGACAAAGGGAUUAUGUGAGUGAUGAAGGAGUGAGGAGUAAUAAAAUUCAGGCUGCUAUAAGUGAAGAUUAUGCUGAGAUGAAGGAAUAUGAUGAUGUAUUGCUUUGUGAUGAACACAAUGAGGAUGUCACUUACAGUCCUAAUAGUCGGUGUUCAACAGACGAGGGGGGUGGUAAGAUGUCGAAAAAAGGAGGGGAUCGGAGUAGAAAAACCCGCGGGAAGAAGCAAAACAUAAAGGUAGAUGAAGUUGAUCUAAGGACUCUAUUGAUACAGUGUGCACAGGCUGUUUCAAGCUUCGAUCUAAGGACGGCGAAUGAAUUGCUUAAGCAAAUUAGGCAGCAUUCUUCACCAUAUGGUGAUAGCAUCCAAAGGCUAGCACAUCAUGUAGCGAAUGGUUUAGAGGCGCGUUUAGCAGGCACUGGUUCGACAUUCACUACUAAUAUAUCGGAUAUACAAAUUUCAUCAUCCGAUUUCUUGAAAGGUUACAGGGUGUAUGUUUCAGCCAUUCCCUUUAAAAGGGUGAAUUUCUUUCUAGCUAACAAUGCAAUUCUCAAGUUAACUGAGAAAGCAACCAAAAUCCACAUCAUUGAUUUUGGUGUAUUCUUGGGUUUGCAAUGGCCUUGUCUGAUUCAAUCCCUGUCGAAACGACCAAACGGUCCUCCUAAACUCUGUAUCACAGGGAUAGACCUUCCGCAGCCUGGGUUUCGGCCAUGUGAACGGAUUAAUGCUACAGGGCGGCGGUUAGCUGGGUAUUGUGAGAGAUUUGGUGUUCCAUUCGAGUAUCAAGGCAUAGCUGAGAAAUGGGAAAAUGUACAGCCAGAAGAACUAAAGAUUGAAAGUGAUGAGAUUGUUAUUGUGAACUGUAUGUGCAGGUCUGGUACAUUACUUGAUGAGACAGUUGAUGCAAAUAGUCCUAGGGAUGCUUUCUUAGAUCUCAUAAGAAAGUUAAAUCCCAAUCUUUUCAUUCAUGGAAUUGUGAAUGGUACAUUCACUGCUCCGUUCUUUAUUAGUCGGUUUAAAGAGGCGCUGUUUCACUAUUCGUCGAUCUUUGAGGUGUUUGAAGCGACUCUUCCUCAACACGCACAUGAAAGACAGCUGAUCGAGAGCGAGGUUUAUGCGAAAGAGCUUAUAAAUGUGGUAGCGUGUGAGGGUUCGGAGAGAAUACAAAGGCCUGAAACAUACAAGCAGUGGCAGGUUCGAUCAGUAAGGGCUGGAUUAAGGCAGCUGCCUUUAGACCGGGAAUUUGUGAGGCAAGCUAAGGUUAUGAUAAAGGCAAACUACCAUGAAGAUUUUCUUUUAGAUGAAGAUAGACACUGGAUGCUACAAGGAUGGAAGGGGAGAAUCUUCUGUGCACUCUCCUUUUGGCAACCCUCUUGAUUCAUAGUAAUAUAUUCAUAGUUUCAUGUUUUAGUGUUACAGUUUGUAAUAUCUUUGCUCAUAAUGUAACAUAAUUUCUGGUCUUUAAGGUCACAUCUAUCUAAGAAGAAUGUGAUCAAUGAAUCUUUGAAAGAAUUGUUCAAUGAUGAUAUGACUUAAUAGUGAUACCCUUUCGUUGCAA